AUGAUUAUUAAAUUAUUUUAUUCUUUUUUAUUCUUAUUUUUUGUUAAAUGCCAAAAUCAAUCUCUAAAAGUUAACCAUCCCUCCCCCUUCUCCUCUUCCCUCCCUCAACAACGUUCAAUUCCUUUCUUCAGUCCAUUUACUCCAUUUUUAACUCAACAAUCCCUUCCUGGCCCUCAAUUUGGACGUCCAUCACAACCACUACCAAUACCCCAACAUCAACAAAAACAUUAUCGUCACCAUCAUUCUCUUCCACAAAUUAGUGAAGAAGAAAAAAUAAACGAAACAUUUCCAAAACCAGAAGAAUUUUUAAAAAAAGGAAUUUUAAUUGGAAAUAAUAAUAAAACAAAUGAAAAAGAAAAUGAAGAACGAGAACAACAAUCAAAGGAAGAAAAACUUUUUAAAAAAUGGCAAUGGAAAAAUGAAGAAAAAAAGGAAGAAAAUGCAGAAAAUAAUCAAAAACAAUUAAAUAGAAUCCCUCCUCCUUCUUCCUCAUCCUUUCAUCAAUUAAAAAGUUCAGAAGAAAAUAAAAAUGAAAGAAAAGAAUUCGGAAAUAAACAAAUAUUUAAUUUAAAAAGUAACGAAAUAAUACAAGGCCGAAGAAUGGAAAACGAGAGAGAAUCACAAGAAUUGUCAAAAAAUCAACAAAAAUUAAACUUUCAGAAUAAACAACAACAUAAAAUACAACAAUAUUCAACAGAAUCAAACGAAAAUAUUAAAUAUCCAAAUUCUGAAAGUCACGAACGUUGGACACCUAAACACACUAAUAAUAGACAAAAACUUGUAGCUCCUACUUCUUCCUCAUCAAAUAGCAGAGAAGAAAAUCGACAAAAUAAAUAUUCUUCAAAUGAACAACAAAAUAAUCGAAGAGGCCCUCCUCCCCCUCCACCUCCUCCUCCUCAACCACCAAAAUCCCCUCCUUUAAUAUUUUCUAAUAAUCAACAAAAGAAUUUUCAUCCAACAGAUUUUUUCCCUGAACAUAUUCGUAAUGGAUUUCCUCCUUUCCCUGAACCAUUUGAAAAUAAUUAUAGACAAAAUAAUGAAUAA